CACACAAGCCACCAUCAACCUUUUGUAGUCGCCACUCGUCUCUCCUUCGAUCCUCUUCACAAGAGUCUUCUUGUAUUUGCGAUGAUACGCGUCGUUGACGGCCCUCAUGAAGUUCUGGUCCCAGUGGCAGCGCACCACGCGUUGAACCAGCUGUGCGUCAUUGCGGGAGAGAAGAAGCUCGCAGACCUGUGCCGAGUUCUUGCUGAUAAUGUUUCCAAUGGCUGUUUGAAGCGUCGUCACGUCCUGCUCGAUUGCUUGAGGGUUGGCAGGCGUCGAGUCUUCCUGUCGACGGGCCGCAAUGAUAAUCAUGUACAUUUGCUCCGUGCCAGCGGAAAGAUCACCACGCAAAUCCGACUCCAGCGACUUUUUGAAUAUGCGCUGGUAUUCGGCCUUGAUAGCUUGGAUAUCGGCAUUGCUCCUGCCAACGAGAACAUCAUCAAGGGCGCUCUCUUUAGUACCUGCGCCUUUCAUUGCUGCGUAGAGGGUGUAGCAGUCACCCGUGAGUGGACCACGUGCAAUCUGAACCAAUCCCUUCUCGAAAUAGCCAGAGGUUUCCGACUCGAGAUCGGCGAUCAAGUCUCUCAUGAAUCGCUGGUUGAACUGCGCGCGAAGCGUAUUAAUUUGAAUCGGAUCCUUCUUGGCCAGGGUAGCGAUAAGAGCCUUCUCGUCCGUGCCAAAUCCCUUCAUUGCUUUGCGAACGGCUUCGACGUCUACUUGCAUGUUGAAAUUGCCCGUUUGCAUGGGUCCAUACCCAAGCGAUGCCUGAGUAGGCGGUCCGAAGCUUUGAGGCGGAGCGUACCCCGGGGCUGCACCGUGGUGUUGUUGCGGCGGAGGGGCAUACUGCUGUGGAGGUGGGGGCUGAGAUCCCCACUGUUGCUGCGGAGGUGGAGGUUGGCCCCAGCCUUGCUGUUGCGGUGGUGGUGCGCCGUACUGGGCCUGUGGAGGAGGAGCACCCCAACCAGCCUGUUGAUUGUAUUGUCCUUGUGGAGGAGGUCCUGAAUUGUAAGGUCCCGGCGGAGGAGCGUUAUAUCCUUGAUUUGGAGGCGCUCCAUAAGGAGCUUGGGGAUAACCGCCAGGCGGAGGAGGAGGAGCGCCUAAAGGUGAGAUAUUAGCAAAGUAUUCGCGUCGAGGUGAACUGAUCGUGUACGAACCGUACUGUCCGCCCGGUGGCGGUUGCUGACCCCAUUGAUUUUGUUGAGGGGGCGGUCCUCCCCAUUGCUGAGAGUAGCCUU